CGGGGUUGUCCCCCGCUCGGGAUCAGCCCCGCUCGGGAUCCCCCGGGCCCGCAGCAGCGGCUGCGCUGUCCCCGCCCGCAGAGCGGCAGCGCGGCCGGGCACGGCGACCUGCGCAACCCCGCCCGCGCCGCAGGUCCCUGCAGAGAUGGCGAGUGCAGAGCCCGGCCCCGAGGAGGCAGCUGAGGCUGAGGAGGCCGUGUACGAGGAGAUGCCCUGCGACAGGAUGGAGCUGAGCCAGCGCCUGGCCGUGGAGGAGCUGCUCAGCACUGAGGCCAGCUACGUGCACAACAUGCAGCUGUGUGUGUGUGACAUCCGGGCUCACCUCCAGGACAAGCAGCUGCCCGAGCUGGACCUGGAAGGACUCUUCUCCAACACCGACGACAUCCUGCACGUGUCCAGGCGCUUUCUGAAGGGGCUGGAGGACAUGCCUGGCCAGGGGCAGGAGCAGCUGCUGGGCAUCAGCACACUGUUCCAGGAGUUCAAGGAAGAGAUGGAGGCUGUCUACAAGAUCUACUGUGCCAGCUACGACCAUGCCCUGCAGCUGGUGGAGAGCUACCGCAGGGACCCCCGGCUGCAGGAGGAGAUCCUGGCCACCCUCAGUGCCACCGUGCCUCACACGGGCGCCUCAGACCUCAGCUUCUUCCUGGUGAUGCCCGUGCAGAGGGUCACCAAGUACCCUCUGCUGCUGGGGAAGAUCCUGGAGAACACCCCGAGCAGUGCCAGUGCCCACUCAGCCCUGGAGGCAGCGGCUCGUGCCAUGGCCCAGGUCAAUGCCAACAUCAACGAGUACAAGCGGCGCCGCGAAGUGGCCACCAAGUACACCAAGGCGGAGCACCUGACGCUGCGGGCGCGCCUGGCGCGGCUCAACACGCACUCCAUCGCCAAGAAAACCACGCGCCUCAGCCGGCUGCUCAUGCACGAGGCUGGCAUCGUGGCCAAGACUGAGGACAAGGAAUACGAUGACCUGGAAGAGAAGUUCCAGUGUGUGGCAUCCAGUGUGGCCACGCUGAAGGAGAACGUGGCAUCCUACCUGGGCCACCUAGAGGCGUUCCUGCUGCCCAGCCCGCACCUGUGUGACCUGCAGAUGGAGCAGGGCCCUGCCCAGCAGCACCGCCGCCUCUCCCAGCUGCUGCAGAGCGCCGUGUUCCCCGAGUUUAAGCAGCGUGUGGGCAGGCUGGUGUGGCAGCCCCUCUGCAGCCUCUCAGACAUGCUGGAGGGGCCCCAGCAGCUGGUCAAGAAGCGCCUGGACAAGCUGCUGGACUACGAGGAGAUCCAGGAGAGGAAGAGCGAGAUGGGCAGCGUGAGCUACGACGAGGAGGCUGCCAUGAACACCUACCUGGCCAUCAAUGACCUGCUGGUGGCCGAGCUGCCCCGGUUCAACCAGGUGGCUGUGCAGCUCCUGGGGCAGAUCCUGCGCUCCUUCAGCGCCCUGCAGCUGGACUUGGCCGCCCGGGUCCUGCACCACGCAGAAAAGGAGCUGGAGCAGCUGCCCCACGGGCACAUGGCCCUGCCCAGCUUCUGGAAGGUGGUGGAGGACAGCCUGCAGCAGUCGGGUGCCCAGCUCCGUGCCUUCUGCCAGGCCUUCGAGACCAUGGCACCCAGCCCUGGCACACAGGCUCUGACCCCAGCUGAGGAGAGGAAGGUCCUUUCCCUUGUGAGCAAGCACGGCCCAGACAAGCUCUACCAAGUGACCAGCAACAUCAGUGGCAGCAGAGAGCUGGACCUGACCCUGCUGAGGGGACAGAUCGUGGCCCUGCUGCAGAGCUCCGACACCAAGGGCAACACCAGCAGGUGGCUGGUGGAUGCUGGAGGUCCCCGAGGGUUUGUCCCUGCUGCAAAGCUCCGGCCCUACAGCCCAGUGCAGGUGCAGCAGCCGCCUGUGAUGCAGCUGCUGGGCCUGGACGGUGACCCAGAGAGGAGGAGACAUUCCUAUGCAUCCCCUGAAGCUCCCAGGCCUCAGGUGGCCACCUUCACCCCAACAUUCCAGGUGGUUGCCGGCUUCUCCUUCGCAGCACGGAGCCCGCAGGAGCUGAGCCUGCAGGCGGGGCAGCCCGUGCUGCUGCUGGAGCCCCACGACAAGAAGGGCAGCCCGGAGUGGAGCCUGGUGGAGGUGAACGGCCAGAGGGGCUACGUGCCCUCCAGCUACCUGGUGACCGUGCCCGUGCCGGAGCCGGCGGGCUGGAGCCUGCCCGUGUGAGCGUGCCAGGCAGGGCAAGGAUGGAUGGAGCCAGCCUGGCACCGAGGAGACCUCGCAGGAGAUGCUGGAGGGAGGCAGCCCCGGGCUGGGGAGGUGGUGGGAGGCACCCGGGGGACACGGGCACGAGGUUGGCACUUGGGAGGCGCCUUUUGACAGGAGGUGUGAGGGUGCCAGGUGCUGUGUGUGUGUUGGCACAAAGCAGAGCAGCACCGGGGCGUGAGGGCAGGUGGCUGCAGUUAUCCAGGGAUUUGCUGCAAUCCCUGUGAGUGACAAAUGUGUCCUGGGGAGAUGAGGUGGUGUCGUCCCUGCUUGGAGCAGGAUUGAGCAGCACUGCAGGGGGGUCCUCAGCCAGGCAGGGGGCACUGGGGCACCUGGGCACUGGGGCACCUGAGUGCCUGAGAACUUGGCUGCUUGGGCACCUGAGUGCCUGAGAAACUGGGCACCUGAGAAUUUGGCUAUCUGGGCACCUGAGUAUCUAAGAAACUGGGCACCUAGGCACCUGAGGAUUUUGCUCCCUGGGCACCUGAGGAUUUGGCUCCCUGGACACCUCGGUACCUGAGGAUUUCUCUCCCUGGGCACCCUGAGCCCCGUGGCCGCCAGAGGGCGCCCCGCACCCGCUCCCGGUGCCCUUCGGGCCCGCGCUGGGGGCGCUGGGGCGGGGGCACCGCCCGGGCCCGCCCCGCGGAGGGACCGAGAUCGGCACCCCCAGACCCCCGGGACCCCGGGCGGCACAGAUUGCCGGCGGGCUGGCACAGGUGCCGUGGGAGAGGCUUUUGGGAGGAUCGAUCCGGGUCGGUCCUGACCUAAGGCUCGGUUUGAGACCGGAGACCCCUCCCACCAUUGCCGAGGUCUCCGUGCCUCAGUUUCCCCGUGGUUGCACUGUUAGGGGAUGCUGAUGGGGCUGGGGUGGGCAGCCCUGCCGUGGUGCCAGAGGGGACUUCAGGAGCUCCCCGGGACUGGCACCGCACGCUGCCCGUCCCUCACCCAGACCAGUGGAGCGCCCGGCUGGCGUCGCCUGGGCUGCCCACAUCAAAGGUGCCCGUGCCGUGCCCUGCCCUGCCCGGCCACCCACGGGCUCCCCGCGGGCUCACAGUGCGGCCAUGCCCGCGGGCUGGGCAGGGGGCAGGGCUGGCACGGCCUCACCCAGCCCUGGGCAGGUGCCAGGCGGGUGGGGACAGCCCCAGGCAGUGCCCUGUGCGGGGCUGGGGUCCGGUGUGAGGCAGAGGGGGGCUCACCCUCCUUUCAUCCGGACCCGGGGGGUGGCUGGGGGCAGCCAGCUCUGCCCAGGUGCCAUGGAAAGGCCCAAGGAAAUGCUCAGCUACACCAAACCCGGGAGGGGACAGCAGUGCCAGCGCUGGGCACGUGUCCUGGGGAUGCUCCCGGCCUGGGCAAAGGCUGAUGGGCUCCUCAGCAAGGGAAAAUGAGCAGGCUGGGGAUGAGGGUCAGUGAGCAGGGGCUGUGUCUGUGCUUGCCCACCCAGCCCAGCCCCUGCAGGCGCAGGGCUCACCCCUCCAGCUCCCUGCAGGUGCCUCCUCUGGGUUUUUCCAUCCCUAAUCAAACCCCACCAGGUCGGGUUUCCCUCCCCAACAAGCAGCAGCAAUCAGCGCUGUGCCAGCCAUGGCAGCAGCGGGGCAGGUCCUGCUGCACAGCCCUGGGUGCCUGUGACCCUUUGGGGGCUGAAAGGUGACGGUGGCACACGGAGUGCUCAGCCUGCUGCUGCCCGGGCCUGAUCGAACCACUGGAACUGGGCAGGGCUGGGCUGGGCACCCAGCAGGAAGAGGGCACUGAGUUCACGUGGGUGCCAAGGGGCGAGCUGGGCUCUGCAGUCCCCCCAGCCCUGCUGCCACCCUCAAUGGCCAGGGCACCUUUCCCAGGGCUCUGUGCCCAGGAUGGGGCCUGGUGCUUGGCUGCAGGAUGUGGGUGCCUGCAUCCCUCCCUUCUCCCUGAAUGCACCCAAACUCACAGCACUGCUGCUGCCCUGAGCCUGGAAAUGCCCUCCUGGAGUCACGGGAGGGCACGGGGCUCUUCCAGCCCAGCCAUGAGGGGAUAAAGGGCACGAGGGUGCCUUUAAAUAGCCUCUCAAGGACAGGCUCUCCCGGGAGGAAUGCUCUGGCCGGCCCGCUGGAACAUGCCUGUGCCCGGGGGCACGGGGGGACAGCUGGGGCUGCUCGCCAGCAGCCAGGUCAAGGUUAGGCACGGCCCUGGCCCGGUGCCACCGUGCCAUGCUCGGCACGGGGGAACGGAGCCGUGCAAACAGGGGAAUGCGUGCCAGGCUGGGCUUUGCCAGGCCGGGGCUUUGCCAGGCCGGGGCUUUGCCGUGCCCAGGCUGCUCCAGAGUGGCAGCGGAGCCGCUGCUGCCCCUGACCCGCCCUCGGCCUGCCGGAAUUUGGCAGCGGCGCUGCCCGGCUGCUCGAGCCGCCUCCGGGGCAGCUCCGGGUGUCCCAGAGCGGCUGCUGCGCUCCUGUCGGCGCUGAUUCAUAUCCUGGACGUGCAGGCGUUUGGAUAUUGUCCACCCGCGGGGUGUGACGGCGUCCCCGGGGCGCUGCCAGCCCGGCCACGUGCCAGGAGCGGCUCCGUGUGCCCGCUGCUCCCCGGGGACGCGGCAGGGACACACAGCACACCCCAGGUGAGAGCCCGGCGUGCCAGGGGCGUGGCUGAGUGCCCAGGUGUCCGUGUGCCCGUCGGCUCUGCUGGGGCACCCCGGGGGCACAGAGGUGUGAGGAAAAGCAGCUGCCACCAGCCCCGAUCCCAGAUCCGUCCCCUCACCCCGGAGUGCAGAAAGGAGAGGGCAAAGGGAGCCGGGAGGAGCAGGGUGGCUGCCCUGGGCCGAAGGGCACAGCCAGCCCCAGCGGCUUUGGGCACAGAGCUCGGGUUGCCCACGCUGCCAGGCUGAGCUGGCUCCCAGCAGAGCCAGCCUGUGCUGCAAUGUUCUGCCACCUGCCCACCCUGUGGCGGCCCACGAGGGGCAGCUCAAGCCCCAGGCCACCCUCAUGGGCCCCUCGUGUGCCAGCUGGGAUCAGCGUGGCCCGAGGAGGGGCUGAGCCCCAUGGAGAGGGAGCCCGGGGCUGCAGAGCAGGAGAGGAGCCGUGAACAGCAGCGCUCGCUCCAGGCUGGUGCAGCUGGCACCUGAAUUGUCUAAUAAAGUGUGAAAUUGCUUUCA